GCGUCAGCUCGGAGAACACAGAGCCAGUGUGCAGCCACUGAAAGCCUUUGUGUCCGCAGACACCUCCGGGCUCUGCAGCGGACACACGCAGCAAACCUCCCCGCCCAGUAGGCGCAGAAUCCCGGCUUCACCAGGCACCGCGCCCCGCUGAAAAGAGCGCAGGAUGGAGGAUCCCGAAGAGACGGUUUUUAGAGAGAACAGGUGUCGUUAGGUGCAGACAAUUCUUCCCCCGUUUUCGCGUUUAGCAGUCUUUACAGUUACAGAUUAAGCCGACAAAGGGCGAUUUUAGAUUAGGCACUAAAACGACUUGUUAGGAUUAGAAGGGGAAAAAGAAGGGAGGGUGAAUUUUCUGCCGACUUUGUUCGUGUGUGAAGAGAUGGAGAAUGGAAACUUGAAGCAACAGAGAGAAUAAAGGGAGGAGUGGAGAGGAGGGGCGUUUUAUUGUGGCGAGGAGAGCCAGAGGACAGGAGUCUGGAUCUCUCCAGACGCAUAGCACCUAUAAUCGUCUCUGACAGGCUGCAGGAUCGAUCUGAUCCGCAAGAAACCCGGAUCAAAUGCAGAGCAGUGAGGGCAAAGAGGCAGAAGGACCCGCAGAUUCUGCAGACAUGUCGCUGGAGAAGUGCUUGGAGCUGCUGAUAACAGCCAAGAGGGAAGGCAGGGAGGGGGAGAAGGAGCGGCUCUACCGCCACAUGAGCGACCGCUACCUGGAAGUGCUGCGGACCCCCGGUGUGUUCGGCCGGCUCACAGCCGGGGAGAGGGAGCACAUCCUGGCCCGGAGGAUGGAGGGGCGGAAGGUGCUGGCGGUGGCUGAAACCAGCGAGGUGUACGAGCGGGGGGGCAGCCGGGAGAGCAGCCGGCCACAGAGCCCGCAGCAGGACGGCGCCAGGCGGCUGUUUUACCUCGAUACGGAAAGCCAAGCGGGUCAUAAAUCGGCGCGCUGGCAGUGGGAGGAGCUGACCCGACUGCCGGAGGAGAUCCCGGCCAAAGGCUCGGCGAUGUGCACGCUGUACAACUACCUGUUCGUGGCGGGCGGCAUGAGCGGCGCCAAAGCGUCGGAUCGAGUCUUCUGCUACAACCCGCGGACGCGCCGGUGGAGCCAGAUCAGACCGCUCGGCGAGCCGCGCUGCCAGCUUCGGCUCGUGUCCAUGGACGGGCAUCUGUACGCCGUCGGAGGGGAGUGUCUGUUCACCGUGGAGCGCUACGACCCGCGCGCCGACCGCUGGAGCGCCGUGGCGCCGCUGCCGAAAGGCUCCUUCGCCGUGGCUCACGAGGCGACCUCGUGCGGCGGCGAGCUGUUCGUGUCCGGCGGCUCGCUCUUCUACCGCCUGCUGCGCUACGACUCGCGCCGAGACGAGUGGGAGGAGUGUCCGUUCAACGAGAGCCGGCGCCGCUCCACGGACAUGGUGGCUCACCGCGGCCUCGUGUACCGCUUCGACGUGGAGCGCGAGCGCGCCGCGGUGAGCGUGUACAAGUACAACACGGCGGCGAAGGCGUGGCACGGCGGCGCCAGCUUCCCGCUCUCGGAGACGCUGCCGUUUCGCUGCGCCGUGCUCGGCGAGCGGAUCUACUGCGUGAACCGGAGCGGCACGCUGCUGUUCGACGUGCGGGAGGACAGAGAGGGCUUCCUGCCCGACGCGCUGCCCUCGCCGCCGGAUACCCGAGGAGCGCUCGUGCCUUUCGUUCUCGCUCUCUAACGCUACGUUUCCACGUGGUCGGCUAUUUUCAUAAACGGACAUUUCAACCUCUCUGUUUUCAAAAGUAACAUCGCGCACAGCUGUCAGUCUUCAGAUAAGUGUUCGUUUACACGUACCCGUGUAUAUAUGUGCCGUCAAUGCAGCCAAGAGCACGCCAGACCUGUAGGUGGCGGUGUACCGAGACCUGUAGGAGGAGGUGUACCGAGACCUGUAGGAGGAGGUGUACCGAGACCUGUAGGUGGAGGUGUAACGAGACCUGUAGGUGGAGGUGUACCGAGACCUGUAGGAGGAGGUGUAGCGAGACCUGUAGGUGGAGGUGUAACGAGACCUGUAGGUGGAGGUGUAACGAGACCUGUAGGUGGAGGUGUAGCGAGACCUGUAGGUGGAGGUGUACCGAGACCUGUAGGUGGAGGUGUACCGAGACCUGUAGGAGGAGGUGUAGCGAGACCUGUAGGUGGAGGUGUAACCAGACCUGUAGGUGGAGGUGUAACGAGACCUGUAGGUGGCGGUGUACGAGACCUGUAGGUGGA